AUGGCUGUCCGACGCCAUGUACUUUAUACCCUGACGUGGCUCCUUCUUUCCAUCGUCAAUUCCGCCUACGCAUCACCAUUAUCAUACAACUUCUCUCCGCGCACAGACCCCAGUGUUAGUACUGCCAGCAACGGCACCGUUACGGUCACGGAUCCCGCGACAGGAAGCGCCAUCCCUCAGGGCACAGCGUCCGAUGGGAGUGGUUCUGGCCUUUCGGCAGUUGCAAUAAUCUGGAUUGUAUACUGUCUUCUCUUGGGUGUACCACUGACAUUUUGUGGAAUUUUCCUCCGUCGCGUCACUACCGGAGUCGCCAUUGGCCUUGCUGGGACCAUCUCUUUAUGGGUGGCUUUCAUCAACACUGAGCCUGCAGACGCCUUUUCCGACUGGGUCCUUACACUUGUGCCCGUGUGCAUCUUUGUUCCCGGCUUCCUCUUUGGCCUUUUCAAUUACGGCCGUCUUGCCGGAGUGAUCCUCAUCGCCAUCGCCAGUGGAUUCUCGUGGGGUGUGCGGAUCUGCCUCUUCCGACCCGACCUGUUGAUACACCAGGUUUGGGGAAAUUGGGUGUUCAGUGCAGCAUUCGCUCUCCUCAAUCUUCUCUUCGUCCCUCAUUUUGAGAGGUUGGCAGUUGCCUUCGCUUCUGCGUCUGUUGGAUCGUUUUUCCUUGCGUUGGGUGUUGAUUUGCUUGUGAACAAGCAAUCUGGGCUGAGCCUCGGACUCCGGUAUUUGUGCGACACAAACCCUUCCCACUGGCUCAAUCUCGAUUAUGAAGGUUGGAAAGCGCCUACCUCAACUAUCAUCAUCCUAGCGGUUUCAUUGGCUCUUUCUCCUGUGUUCGCUUAUGCCCAGCACCGGAUAUUCUCCAAGUCUUAUGUUCUGGAUCCGCGCGACGAGGACCAGCUGCCCGUGUACUACGCAGAAGACGGAAAUGUGGACAACGAUAAAGUGACUAUCAAAAUCGUCAUUGACGAGGCUCCACCUUCGCCUUCCCGAUACAAGGACAGCUUGUAUACCGACUCUGCCCCUGGGACGCGACCGGUAUCUAUGAUGACGGACAUGCGACCGCUAUCCACGGCAACGGAUGCACGACUGGUAUCUCUGCUCAUGGCUGCGCAACCGGGUACACGACCAGCAUCUUUGCUCACGGAUGCACAGCCGGCUUCUUCACCCACAGACACACGGCCUGUAUCUCAGGCCUCACAUGUUCAGCCUGUGGAAUCUGAAGUCACAGAUGCACAAUCCGUGUCCCAGGUCACGGAGUCGGCCACUUGA